AAAUGGCCCGGAGAGAAAGCCUCGCGCUUGGAUAGGGCCGGAGAGUUUAGCUCACGGGCAGCGCUUGCGGAAGGAGCCGUCGGAAGAAAAAGCGGCAGCGCGAAAGUCGAGCAGCUUCUCCGACCGGGCUACGCUGCAGAAGAGAAGUUAGCAGCCGGGGCUGUGAGCCUCUUUUUGUAUGGUUCUUGCUUUUUUCUUGUUAGUCUGAGAUCUCCCCACCCCUGGCAGCCACGCUGGCGCACCUCCUGUCCUCCCCAGCCAUGUACAGCAUGCUGGAGAGUGAGCUAAAGGGGCCCCAGACUAACCCUGGGGGAGGCUCGGUUGGCAACGGCGUUCCGGGAAGCAACGGCAAAGGAGGCGGCGGCGGCGGGGUCGGCGGUGGUGGUGGUGGAGGUGGUGGCGGAGGUGGUGGCGGCGGCGGUGCAGGGAAUGGCGCCGCCGACCAGGACCGCGUCAAGAGGCCGAUGAACGCCUUCAUGGUGUGGUCUCGAGGCCAGAGGCGCAAGAUGGCCCAAGAGAACCCCAAAAUGCACAACUCAGAGAUCUCCAAGCGGCUAGGCGCGGACUGGAAGCUGCUGAGCGACUCGGAGAAGCGUCCCUUCAUCGACGAGGCCAAGCGGCUCCGCGCCGUCCACAUGAAGGAAUAUCCGGAUUAUAAAUACCGGCCACGUCGGAAGACCAAGACGCUGCUCAAGAAGGACAAGUACUCUCUGCCGGGGAACCUGCUGGCCCCGGGAGGCGCAGGGGGAGGCGGAGUGAGCAGCCCCGUCGGGGUCGGGCAGCGCCUGGACUCUUACGCGCACAUGAACGGCUGGCCCAAUGGCGCGUAUGCCUCCCUGAUGCCCGAGCAGCUGGGCUACAGCCAACACCCGGCGAUGGGCAACGCGCAGCUCCAGCCCAUGCACCGCUACGACGUGAGCGGCCUUCAGUACAGCCCCAUCAUGUCCAGCGCGCAACCCUACAUGAGUGCUGCCGCCUCCACCUACAGCAUGUCUCCUGCGGCCGCUGCAGCGGCGGCGGCCGCCUAUGGCCAGCAACCGUCGGGGCACUCGAUGAGUUUAGGGACUAUGAGUUCGGUGGUGAAAUCCGAGCCCAGCUCGCCGCCGCCGGCCAUUGCUUCGCACUCCCAGAGGGCCUGUUUGGGCGACUUGAGGGAUAUGAUCAGUAUGUACCUUCCCCCGGGGGGUGACGCGACCGACCCGUCGGCGCUCCAGGGCACCAGGCUACACAGCGUCCAUCAACACUAUCAAAGCGCCGGGACUGCUGUCAACGGCACCGUACCACUAACUCAUAUUUAGCCGUGGCUCCUUUCCGGUCUCCCACUUCCUCAAAAUGCUGUCACCCUACGUCCCGUCUACUGUUUGGGAGAACGGGAGGUCGCCCAUUCCGGUCUGCCGGGGCAGCCUUUUGGACUUUUCCCAACGCACAUCCCUCAACCUAGACGGAGGCCCGACCAGAAGUCUUAACUCUCAUUUUAGCCGCUGUCUGUCCCUGGUAACUUCCAAGCAAUUGAAGUUUAUGGUUUGGGGAUGGGCGUUUAUGGUGUGGGGAUGGGCGCCAGAAAGCAAGGUAAAGUGAACUUUCCCGAACUCUUCCCCUCUUCUUUGAGGUGUAAAGGAGAGAGGGAGCGAAUUGUUCGUCUGAAACAGAGCACAACUCAACUGAUGCGAAAUUUCCAGCCCUCUCCAGAUAUACAGCAAUUUGGUUUUUUGGGGGUGGUGGUAUAAAUUUGAGGAGGGUAAGGAGAACAUGGUCAGCUGGUCUCCAUCUUCUUAAAUGUUUACAUUUUAUCUUUAAUUGUUCGGGGCAGAAUAAUUUCGUUUCUUUACCGCUCCCUCCUUUAAAAACCUGUCUGGAGCCUUUUAAUUUUUUAAAAUAUAUAAAUAUAUGUAACCCCCUUUUUAAAAUAUAUAUCGCUAUGUAGGCAUUCGUGGGCUAACUGAUCCGAUUUCAAACCUUCCGUUUACUCUGAAGUUAGUCAAGUUUAGUUAUCCUUUCGGAACUCAAAUGGGCUUACUUGUGAGUAAACUUCUUUUGAGGGAGGGCGUGGAUGGAAAGAAGAUUUGGGGAGCGUUUGAGGUAACUUGUAACAUUUUAUGUGUUAAUAUGUAAAACGCACUUAACAUUUUACAUAUUAACACAUAACAUGUUAAGUACAGUAAAAUGUUAAGUUAUCAGUUGGGUGUGUGAAACAACUGACAGGGAAUUUUGAAAUGAGAAAAGGCAUUUUUGGUCGAGUAAUGUGACUUUAAUAUUUUGAGGGAAAAGAAUCCGCUGCUGACGGCAAGAGGAGAGGACCUUUUCUAGUCGUCUUCGUGGCGCUUGUACAUUUCUGUAAAUCUCCCCCCCCCUCAUUUUUUCUCUCGUAUUUGUGGAUUUGAUCGUGGAAUAGUUUGGAACAGAACAUAUCAACUCCGCGAAACCGAUCAUUUAGGUUAUUUUUGUGUGCGUGUCCUCUGGUUUCUUUGAAGAGAACUUGUCUCUCCUCCCUCCCUCCCCCCCUCCCUCCCUCCCUCCCUCCCCCCCUCCCUCCCUCCCUCCCUCUCCUUCCUCCCCCCCUCCCUCCCUCUCCUUCCUCCCCCCCCUCCCUCCCUCUCCUUCCUCCCCUCAAAGAAAGAACUUUAAGAGAGAACAAUAAAUUUUAUAACAGGCGCUUCGGAUGUGUGUCUGGCGUUUCUUGUUAAAAGAGGUGGAAAGGUUUCUGGAGAAACGGAAAAAACUGCCUUGGCCUCGUUGGUCCUACUCUGGAGUAAGUGGCUCAGUGGGCUGCUGCUGGGAUUGGGGUGUGGGAAAUCCAUGGUGAUCAGGAGCCCCGAUCCUUGGUUGUUAACAGCGCGCGUUUUAAUUCCGAAGUAAAAUCUGGCUGAGUGCGGAAAGGGUGGCCACCGGAGUAAGUCACGGAGGCGUUUGCUUCGGGAAAGCCCUGCUUAGGAUCGGGCUGCGGUGGUUCCGUGGGGAUUUCAAUCUGAUCCUAUCCGUCUCCAGUGAGCCCUGCGCCUCUUCAAAAAUGUUUACUCAAGUAAACGUGCAGUAGAUUGCAGCCUUUGCCCAGGAAACAUUUAAGCAGCUUUUUAUGGGGUUUCUUGAAGGGCUACUUAAAAGUAAAUUUUCUUGAGGCUAGAGGGACAGGCAGAUAUAUAACUAUCAGGAUCGCUGUUUUUGCUGGGGUCUGAAUUGCGUGGGGGCAAAGGCUGCAAUCCUCAAAAGGAGCAAACUCUCAUUGCACUCGGAUUUACGAGUAAACCGUGCACAGGAUUCCUCUGUAAAUCUGUUUCUUAAACUGCCUUAUUUGCACUUUAAGUGAGUUAUGGAUCGCACCCACACUCGGAAGCAAUCCCAUCGAACUUGGUGGGCCUUCAGCCUUCAAAGUAACCUUCCCCGCCUAGGAGUAAGACCGUGGGGAGGCAAUGCCUGCUUCUCAUGGACGGAGGCUGACAACUUUAUGCAGCGCCUUUUAAUGUUGCUCUGCUAAGGGGUCGUUAAUCUGGUUUUAAGAUCUGCUCUCGCGUUGGAAGAGGAAGGAAAGCUAAACCCAGAUGUGCUUCGGUGCGAGCCUCCAGCCCGACUCUUUGAUUUGCAGAAGAAAGACCGUUUUCCUAAAGACCUGCUUUGAGCAUUGCAUCCUCCCAGUCUGCAAUUCAAGUAUACAUAUUUAAAACAUUCUUAAUUUGGUUUACAUGUGAAUGCGAUUUAAAAUUCCCCACUCUUAAAAAAAAAAAAAAGUUCAAAAAUUGUCCUGAGAUUGCAACAGAUCUAAAGUCUCUUUAAAAGGGGGAGGGGGGGAGAGAGAUUUUACUCGUGUAAACACACGUGAGAUCGGGCUCCAUCCAGCUUCUCUUUUUUUAAAUGGUCCCUAUGGAAUUCCCAAAUUUUCUCUGCAGUUCUCUGAUUUUUUUGGGAGGGGGGGGAGGAGACGUCUUGGCAAAAGUACUCCGCCGGUUGCAUUCGCUCCUGAAGGUGAUAGAUCUAUGAAGAGUCACUGGUUCUUUGCUUGAAGGGUUCCCGUUCCUUCCUUAGACUUUUUGCUGUUUUAAGUAUUGCCACCCAUCGCCGGGGUUUUGAUGGACCCCAAUCCGGAGUCGCUCUGCAUUGGAAGGGAAUGGUUUUAAAAGGAACGUGCCGUAAACAGCAGGAAGAACACCGCCUUUGACAGCCCGAUCCGUUUGCCCGUCUGCUCAGGAGUCAACGCGCCGAGACUGGCUUUGGAUCUACCAUCGCACCUGAAGGCCGAGGCCGAGAUCCUGAAGGCGCGCUGCCUUGAGAGUAAAUCCUAUUGACCUGGGUGGGACUUGGUGUCGCAUGAAACAGGCAAGAGGAUCGGGCUCGUUUUGGUCUGAAAGGAACUGCAGUGGGGAUCGCGGCCUUUUAAAAAGUUAAAUGAGUUUUGGGGGAGCCCAGGAGGAAACCAAAAGGCUUUGCCCAGUUGGGUAGGAGAAAGGCAACCGAAUUUUCCGGUGUGGUCUCUUUUCCUUCUCUUCCAAAAAACUUUCUCUCGAAGAACUUGUUGCUUUCUCCACCAACCGAUUCACCCUCCACCCUCUGAAUCUUUUCUUAGCCUCGGUCGCUUCCUUCACUUUUUAAGCCGAGGAGUAAUUUGAGAGAGGCUUGUUCAGGGUCUCUUGCUCUGAAAUAUUUACAGUUGUAUAAAUCCGGUUGGAGAAACCUUCACAUUAGACUCUAUUAAAAAUGAAUUAGGGGACAGGAGGCCCGAAAGCUCUAAAUAAUUGAACCGCUUUUAUUGUGUUUGCAAAUCAUCGUAUUUCAUUAGUUUAAUGUUGCGUGCGGGUGUGUUCCACGCACUUUCUCUCGAAGCUUUUAAAUAUGUUGGGUUAAAAAACAAGAAACUUGUGAGAAUCGAUUCUUUUUAGAUGCAAGAAUACCUUGGAAAGCGCCUGUGCUUUUAAAUCUCAUCUCAAAUAGCACCUGGCUCCCUUUGGCCUGCUAGAAUUUUUUUUAGAACAAAAUGGCACUACAGGUAGAUUUAAUGUCAGAUGGGAGAGAGGAACAAAUAGAUCUCUGCCCACAGCAGCUUACAAUCGAAAUCAGACAGUGGGCAAAAAUGCGUUUUAAAACAAAAAAACAAACUCGGUUUCUCCUUUUGGAGUCUGGGUUGGUAGCUCAAAGGGGACUCCUUUCCCUCCUAUCCCCAAUAAGCCGAGUUUCACUUUUCAAACAGGCGAGGAAAUGCUUGGGUUGAAUUUCUUCACCCUCUUGAUAGUUUGUAACGCGACACAUAUUCAGGGCGCUAUCACAUUUACUUUUUAAAGUUUACCUUUCAGUAAAUUCCAUAAAAUGGCGUUAAGAUUUUCCGUGUUUUGAUGCCCUUUCCUAAAUUCUGUUUCCCUCUCUCUUUAAACCAGAGUAAUUUGAUUUUGAGGGGAGAUAAUCCACACGUAUUUACGCAGCGGGAAAUCCCACGGAGUCUGCAGGGGGCUUUACUCUCGAGUAACUGAGCACACGGCGCCUUUUUAACUAGGCCGUUCUGCUGACUUUUGAGCAAAUCGGAUUUUUUUUUCCUGGGGAUGGGGGAAAGAGAAACCUUCCGGACAGUCGUGGCAACGUUUGUGUGUCUCGUUCAAGCUUCAUUUUUAAUUAUUAUUUUAUUUGAGUCCAACCAUCGUUUUCUCUGCGCCCUCAGUAUCAACCUGCCCCUUGGGAGGAUCAACUUCACGCAUCUGCGGAAGAGUCCACAAAGGGUUACCCCGCAAUAAAUGUGUUUUAUAAAAGUCUUCAGGGUGUCCCACUACUCUGCGUUAUUUUUGGACCAAAUUUCCUGUGUGUGGAGUGGGGGGCCUUUUCUCUUACACUGCCCCCUCCGCCGCAAUUAGUGGAGAACAUAACACUUGGAUGCUGGGGGCGGAGAAGAGGAUGUGGAUUUGGGUCUCUUGCUUUUCCUCUGUCUUUCCUUCCCCGAUUUUCUUGCAAGGAAUUCCCUUAACCACCCCCUCCAAGUAAGAAAACUCAAGCCAUUUCUCUCCCAGGGCUCACCCCGCUGCUUUUCGCUUGUGGGGUCCCGCGCUCUCACUUUUAAUGCAGCCCCGUCCUAGAAGUUUUCCCCAAACUAAGGCUGCAGUCCAGUACACACUUAGCUGGGAGUAAGUCCCAUAGAACCCAAUGGACCUUACUUCUAAGUAGACGUGUACUGGAUUGCACUGUUAGU